CACACAAACACACACAGAGGCUGGUGAGUGAGGAGAGAGCGGCGGAACAAAAUGCUUUUUAUUCAGAAACAAGCUCAUUGAGGAGCUGACAGACCCUCCGGAGACUCUGCACUCACUUAACACUCUUUAUUCCUGCGGAUUUCUGCCUCACUUCUCUGCGUUCUCUCCGAUAAUUCAGCUCGGACUGUGCGGACUUUAGUCCAGAAUAAUUGGACUUUUUGUGGACGUCAGUGGGCUUUUCUCACAGGCUCUGGGUUUUCCCUGUGAUGACCUCACUGCUGCUCCCUGGCCCUCCCCUUGCUGCCAUGAAGGACCUCUCCUCUUCCUCCUCUCCUCUCAGCUCCCUGCUCCACUACCCAUCCUCCAAAACCUCCAUUGUGCCAUUUGCCCCAUCUACAGGCACUGCCUCCUCACCAGGAUCAUCUCUGUCUUCAGCCAAACCUCAACCCUUCUGCCUCCAGACGGGGCCUCAUCUCAUCGCUAGCAUGCAACUCCAAAAACUCAACUCUCACUACCAAAAUCUUGCCGGUGCUUCUGCUGGACACCAAGCAACUGGCGGUGCCCAAAGAGGUUUUGGUGCCUCACCGCUGGGUGCAGGGAACCAGCUCCUUGGAUCACCUGGAAGCCUUGGUGGAGGUGGAAUGGGUGUCGGGAUCACAAUGGGGAACCAAAGCUCCGGUCCUGGUGCAAUAAUCGACUUUGACCCUGUAGACGAGGAGGUUCUCAUGUCGCUGGUGGUGGAGCUUGGUUUGGACCGAGCCAAUGAGCUUCCUGAGCUUUGGCUUGGCCAGAACGAGUUUGACUUUAUGUCAGAUGUACCAGCUGGAUGCUGACCUAUGAGAAGAAACACUAUGGAGAUCUGCAGAAUCAGUUGACAAAGAGAGACGAGACUUUCUCUCCUACAUUUUGUUUUUCUCUUUCCUCCUUUUCUUGGUUGAAAAACGAUGAACAGAAGAAACCGUGACAAAGAGAACAAGAUUAGCGGCGCACUCUGGUUUUCAUUUUUCUUUCAUACUCUUUAUGGAAAGAUAGAUAAAAGGAAAAGAUUACUCACUUUUGAUUUAGAUCUUUCUUCAAUCGAGUUGUGCUCUUGUGGAAAGAGGGUUCUGAUUUAUAUUUUUCUUUUCAUUUAAAGACACAAACUUGAACCAUGAGCACAGUAUGAAUGGCAACAAGGAUUCAAAGGAGACCCUUAUCUCAAAAUCAACAAGCCACCAAUGGUUUAAUGAGAACAAGAUGAUCCAUAGAAGAUGGGGUGGAGAUGUUUGUAGGAGACAAAAGCCACUUGAUUGGACAUUAGUGUGGUUUUUGAAUGCUCUCACUUUAGGAAAGUGAUCAUUGGAAACAAGGCUCCAUUGGAAGUUUUUGGAGGAUGACAAACACUACAUUUCCUGUUUUCUCAAUGGACAAUAUAAGACUUUGGUCUCAUGGGAAGGAGACUCCUGAUCCUUCACAAAGAAUCUUCUUGUCUGAGAACUGGUUAUCUCAGUGUUCUUCUUUUCUGUUCUUUUUGUUCGAAUAAAGAUCAACCAGUCGUAUUUCUGGGACAUGUUAUUUAAGACAUUGGCUGAUAACCAUCAGGACGUCUGGACAGGGAGUGCUUCUAUAAACUGUUCUACUUUUCUGAAUGUAAUGAAUUAGAUCAGGAGAUGUGGAUCAUUCAGAGCAUGGGACCUGAAUGGAGUAAAUUGUUUUUCUUUUGCUCUGGAGAACAGCAUCAUUAAAAUAGUCGAGGACUUUUGGUCAUGUGAGUCGCCAUACAUGUACAUUUUGUGUUUAUUGGCCUGUAGCGGAAGAGGCAGUGUCCCAGAUGGUCAAGUCAGUCUGUUCUCAAUUAUCCGAGAUAGCACUUCCUCUCUCAUUUAGGAUACAAGGUCUGGUAAACAUUUGUGUACACAACCCCAAUGGCAAGAACAGAUACAUUUAUGUAACAUCUACUUUUCGUUUUUCCUAUUUAACCACUUCAGUGUUUGUUUCACAACACUUUAUUCAGCACUAGCAGACAUUAUUUUCACCACUUUUCUGUGUCCUUUAUCAGAAAGCAUCACUUUUUUUGUCAUUGUCCUGGAGGCUUAUUAUUUGCACACCUUGCAGGAUGGCCUUUAUCCUUCAUAAGAACUUUAGUUUGGUUUGAGCAAUUCAAGAUGCCUUAUUUCUGGCUUCAGUACCAAAGUAAACAAAACAUUUGAAACCUUAAAACAUGGUAGAAAAAUCUUUGCACAUCUAUUUCAGGGGACAGGUGUCUAAAAGAGAAUGAAGUCCUUAGAAAAAUGCAAGCAAAAACUCAAGUUAGUGUGUGGUAAAAUGUAGGCAACAACAUCUGCCAGCUUGUGUUAAUUUUCACUACUCUCCCUUUAAGGCAGUGAAAAUAUUAACAUCUAGACAAGCUGGAAGUUCACCUUCUAGAAGGUGAGCUAUAUUGGUGGUCCUUGUUCAGUCUGACUUCAGUUGAAACCCCAUGUUUUUACUUCUCUAAAUGUAAAGGACCAAAACAGAAUUUUGAUCUAGUUCAGCCACUUGCUAGCUAGCUAGCCUAACUAGUUAUAUGCCUUUAUAACUGCAUUUAGUUUAUCAGUUAUCACUAAAUUGAAAAUUAAAACACCUCAAUAACUCUCAAUAUUUAUCACUAUUUGUUUAAAACAGGAUCACGGUGGCAGCAAACAAUGCAAAGUUGGUUUGCAGAAUAUGGCUAACAUUAGCAGUGCUAGCACAGCUACUCUGAGAUACUCUUUUCAUGUUAAUGUCCACAUUCCUACGCUGAGUGUCACUCAGUUCUUCAGUUGUAUGAGAAUAACCCGUCAUCACCUAUGUACAGCUUUAUCCCCAUUUUCUAGAUCAAAAUAGUGCUAAACUGCAUUGUUUCAACAAUACAACAUGCUAUCGGUGCUGUCAGUUCACUGUUGUUUACAUUGGAUCACAGAGCACUGUAGCAGCAAGGCAGUAAACAUUAACUGGCAGGCAGCUGUGCUACAGCUUAGCUAGAGCAUUUGACCAGGAUUGUGGGCAUGAGGUAAAAAAAAAUAGAGAAUACCAGUCAUAAUUCUGGUGCCCAGCACUAAGAGACCAGGGGUUCAAUCAAGUGCAAAAACACAGUCAAAGGAUACAACUGUACAAAGUCAAGCCAUCAGCUGUUACAUAAAAAUUAUCUUUUAACAAAGAGACAGAAUGUCCUGAAAAUUUGGGUACCAUUGUCUCACUAAGUUACUUGCUAGUUAGCUAGCAUGCUAUGUAGCAAGCAGUAACAAUUAAGUUGCUACCAUUAGCCUUUUUUUUUUUCAGAACCAUCAGCUGCUCCAGAAGCUGUUUUUAAGCUAACAGACACAAAAUGCCAGAAAAUUUUGAAUACUAGUGUGUCAUUUAAGCUAACUGCUAGCUUGCAUGCUAUGUAGCAAACCGUAUCAAAGUGCCACUUAUAGGUUCAGAACCAUCAAUGUCUGCAUAAAGAAUUGCUACAAUGUUAUGUAGCAAAGAGCAUCAAGUCAAACGUAAGUUUUUGCUUAUUUUUCAGACGCAAUCAGCUUCUCCAUAAACAUUACUUUUAAGCUAACAGCCAAAAUGCUGUAAACAUUGUACCAGUUAAGCUACUUGCUAACUAGCAUGCUAAAAAGGAAAUGGUGUCAAAAAACACCACUUUUAGCUUUGUUUCAGGAGCAAUCAUGUUCCAUAAGCACUCUUUUUAAAAAAUGAGGCAAAAGGUGUAGAAAUCAGAAUACUGAUGUCUUACUACAUUUUUUGCUUGUCAGCAUGCUAUUUAACAAACGGUACCAAUCGUGGUGCCGCUAAUGGCUUUUUUAAGCUGCUCAAUGAAAUAUAUUUUUAAGAUAACAGAGACAAAAUGCCUUUACAGUUUUGGAUACUAUUUUCUCAAUUUGGCCAACUGCUAGCUAGCAUGCUACAUAGCAAAGGCAUUCUAUCAAAAGCCCUUAGUAUGGUUACAUUAACUUGUAAAAAUUGCUUUUGGGCCUAUAUAUUACAUAAUUGGAACUAUAUUCAUAUUUAAAAUAUGACUUUCAUUGGAAUUUAGCACUUAGAAAUGCCAGCUUGACAAACUGAACUACCUGUAGUACCACUUCAAAAAUGCAGAGGGCACCAUUUUGCCUGGACAGUGUUUUCUGAUGUAGUUGGCUUACCUGAAGUACAAAAAAGACUAUGGUUGGCCAAAAUGAAUCCGGGCCUUAUUGUAUGCCUUCAGUAGAAUUAUUCCAAAGUCCCUGGUUUUAAUACUCAUUAUCUUUGCCAAUGGCAUCAAAAUACCGAUUGUUCCACUUUUGCCUUAUUAAAACCAGUUUGGCCAGCCAAGCUAUAAUUUUGCUAAAAAGGUGAACUCUGUAGCUUUGCAGCAGCUGCACCUUGCUACACAUGUAACGCUUAGUGCACCUGGUCUUUUAUAUGAGGUUGUGUCUCGGCUACUUGACGCUAUGGUUAGAUCUGCAUCUGUGGAUUGGAGAUUUACUGCUUACAAAUCCAUCAAAAAGACCUUUGCUGCCACCUAGUUAGUGACCUGGAGCUUCAGCUGUGUCCAGUUGAGUUUUUAAUCUAACACGGAUAAGGGCAUCAAAAGAGUGCUGCACUAUGGCUUAACAGUUGCUACGCUUGUUUAUCAAAUCAAUUAAAAUGAUAAAAGAGCAGACUGUCAUCUCCAGCUUAAGAAUGUAACAGCUCUAGGAUUGACUUAGGUAGUAAGUGGACCAAAAAGUGGGAUUGUUUGUGACCGCUUUUGGCUAAAUAUUCUUGAACUAAUUUCCUUGGGUUGUGUGAUAAAAGUCAGAGUUUUUAUCUCUUUUUAAUGAAAUUUGCAUACUCUGCUGGACCAAGGUAAUGCCACUAAUGGAUCCCACACACUGCAGGGAAUAUUAACAGAGUCGGUUGUAGAUUUAUUUUGCUGCAGUCAUUGGAAGAAAAUCCCAGAGGGUUUAACUGACAUCCAUCCACCAUCUGCCCCCCUGCUCCUAUAUAGGGGCUCCACUCCGCCGUAGAUUCAUGAGGGCCCUGACCUAUAUCUGUUGUGGUAAUAGGAGACUCGGGCUCGAACCAUACCACAGCAACAAAGGCCUUUCACCUCAAAGCUGGUGUGUCUGUCAUCCAAGCAUUGUGUGUCUCUUUUUGGACCACACACGUGAAAUAACACCUGUAUAUAUACAGACAUGCACAUAAAGACCUGCAGACACUCACCUGUAUGUGUUUCACAUCCAGAGGAACCAAAAGUCAGAGUAUGAAGGUUCACAAAAGCAUGGAAACAGACCCAGCACAUACACAGGAGCAGUGGGAUGGUAUUACAGCGGGGAAAUGGGAGUAGCAACCAUGAAACAGGCACUUGUUCAGUUACACAGAGACUUCACAGAGAAUUGGGGUUGAUCGUGUGUGAAAAGAGAGAGUGAUGUAAAAAGGAGAGAUUAAGUAUAAAAUAAAGCUGUCCUGUAUGAAUA